GCGUGGGCUCGGAUUGGCUCCGCGGAAGACGACGACGUGGCUGAAGGAGGCCGGUUUGUUUCUGAACUGAGGCUCGGGCACGCCGGCUCAGGAUUGGUGCCGGGCCGGGCCGGGGUCUUGGCCGGAAGCGGAAGUGGAGAAAGAAUGCAGGAUCAUCAGCACGUGCCCAUCGACAUCCAGACCAGCAAGCUGCUCGAUUGGCUCGUGGACAGACGACACUGCAACCUAAAAUGGCAAAGUCUGGUGCUGACCAUCCGGGAGAAGAUCAACACUGCCAUCCAGGACAUGCCAGAGAGCCAAGAGAUUGCCCAGCUCCUCUCUGGAUCCUACAUUCAUUACUUCCACUGCCUAAGAAUAGUAGACCUUCUUAAAGGUACCGAGGCCUCCACCAAAAAUAUUUUUGGCCGGUACUCUUCACAGCGGAUGAAGGAUUGGCAGGAGAUCAUAGGCCUGUAUGAGAAGGACAACACCUACUUAGUGGAACUUUCUAGCCUCCUGGUUCGGAAUGUCAGCUAUGAGAUCCCCUCACUGAAGAAGCAGAUUGCCAAGUGCCAGCAGCUGCAGCAAGAAUACAGCCGCAAGGAGGAAGAGAGCCAGGCUGGGGCUGCUGAGAUGCGUGAGCAGUUCUACCACUCAUGCAAACAGUACGGCAUCACGGGAGACAAUGUCCGAAGAGAGCUCCUGGCCCUGGUGAAGGACCUGCCAAGUCAGCUGGCUGAGAUAGGAGCAGGAACUCAGGCCCUGGGGGAAGCCAUAGAGCUGUACCAGGCCUGCGUGGAGUUUGUGUGUGACAGCCCCACAGAGCAGGUGUUGCCCAUGCUGCGGUACGUGCAGAGGCGGGGAAACUCAACAGUGUAUGAGUGGAGGACAGGGACAGAGCCCUCUGUGGUGGAGCGGCCUCAACUGGAGGAGCCUCCUGAGCAGGUGCAAGAAGAUGAGAUUGACUGGGGUGACUUUGGAGUGGAGGCCAUUUCCGACUCUGCCAUCUCUGUGGAGACCCCUGGAAUAGACUGGGGUAUCUCCCUGGAAUCAGAGUCAAAGGAUGCUGGGGGUGACAGGAUAGACUGGAGUGACGACACUGCUGCUCCGGAGAUCACCGUGCUGGAGACAGGAACCGAGGCUCCAGAGGGCGUUGCUAGGGGCUCAGAUGCUCUUACUCUUCUUGAAUACCCUGAGACCCGGAAUCAGUUCAUUGAUGAGCUGAUGGAGCUGGAGAUCUUCCUGUCCCAGAGAGCAGUGGAGAUGAGUGAGGAGGCCGACAUCGUGUCGGUGAGCCAGUUCCAGCUGGCUCCCUCCAUCCUUCAGGGCCAGACCAAAGAGAGGAUGCUCAGCCUGGUGUCCACACUGCAGGAUCUCAUUGGCCGGCUCACCAGUCUGCGAAUGCAGCACUUGUUUAUGAUUCUGGCCUCGCCAAGGUACGUGGACCGAGUGACGGAGUUCCUCCAGCAGAAGCUGAAGCAGUCACAGCUGCUGGCUCUGAAGGAAGAACUGAUGGCGGAAAAGCAGCAGGAGGUGCUCCGGGAGCAGGCGGCCCUGGAACCCAAGCUGGACCUGCUGCUAGAGAAGACCAGGGAGCUGCAGAAGCUGAUUGAAGCUGACAUCUCCAAGAGGUACAGUGGCCGUCCCGUGAACCUGAUGGGGACUUCUCUGUGAUGCCCCCCUCCGUGU